CUGGGGGCUAACGGGCUAACGUAUGGUGCUCAGCCCCCAGAGCCUCCGGUGACGGUUAAAAUCCACCACGUCCCGCCCGGACUGAGCCCGUGGGCGGUUCCGUGGAAACAGCCCUGGUCCGGGUCCUGGUUCGGGCUAGGCUCUUUCGGGGGCAGCCUGAGGGGGCCUGGGGCAGCCUGGGGGGGUCGAUGUGGGAGCAGGCUCUCCCCACAAACCGGGCCGGUGACAGCCAGGGUCCGAGGGGCGGGUGGAGCUGGGGGGCUCAUCUGGAGGAACAUCUGUCUCCCCCUUUGCUCUUACAGCCACACGAGACUCAGCACCUAUGACCGCUGUCCCUUUGAGCUGGUGCGCUGCAUUAGACACAUCUUGCAGUCCGAGCAGAGGCUGGUUCAAGAGGCUACAAACACCAGCUGCGGCGCUGGAGGGCAGGCCAUGGACACCCUGUCCCAGCGGCAUCAGCAGAUCAACCAGGCCUUUGAGGAGCUCCGCCUGGCCACCCAGGAGACGGAGAACGAACUGAGGAAGCUGCAGCACAGCCAGGAAUACUUCAUCAUACAGUACCAGGAAAACCUGCGCAUCCAGGGUGAAAACAAAAGACAGCUGCACCCCAACACCCAUGACAGCAUCUCAUUAAAAUCCCAGCUGAGCAGCCUGACCUCGCUGCCUGCAGCCGAGCGCACCGAGAAGGAGAGCAGCCUGCAGAGCAAGAGGGCCACCGUGGAGGCCUGGCUCACCCGAGAAGCCAGCACCCUCCAGAAAUACAGGCUGGACCUGUCAGAACAGCACCAGAAGACCCUGGGGCUGCUGAGGAAACAGCAGACUCUGAUCCUGGACGAGGAGCUCAUUCAGUGGAAGAGGAGACAGCAGCUGGCUGGCAACGGGGGUCCAAAUGAGGGCGCGCUGGAUGUUCUCCAGUCCUGGUGUGAAAAGCUGGCAGACUAUAUCUGGCAGAACCGGCAGCAGAUUCGGCGCUGCGAGCAUCUGACCCAGCAGCUUCCUCUGCCUGGUCCCAUGGAAGAGCUGCUGAGCAAGCUCAACGCCGACAUCACAGACAUCAUCUCUGCACUGGUUACCAGCACCUUCAUCAUUGAGAAGCAGCCCCCCCAGGUGUUAAAGACCCAGACCAAGUUUGCAGCCACAGUCCGGCUUCUGGUGGGCGGGAAGCUCAACGUCCACAUGAACCCGCCGCAGGUCAAGGCCAUGAUUGUGAGCGAGCUGCAGGCCAAAGCUCUGCUGAAGAAUGAGAGCACACACAGUGAAAGCAGUGGAGAAAUCCUCAACAACAACUGUGUGAUGGAGUACCAUCAGACCACGGGCACCCUCAGUGCCCACUUCAGGAACAUGUCGCUGAAGCGAAUCAAGCGCUCGGAUCGACGGGGGGCCGAGUCGGUCACAGAGGAGAAGUUCACCAUUCUGUUUGAGUCCCAGUUCAGUGUCGGGGGCAACGAGCUGGUUUUCCACGUCAAGACUCUGUCCCUGCCCGUGGUGGUGAUUGUUCACGGCAGCCAGGACAACAAUGCCACAGCCACAGUCCUGUGGGACAACGCCUUUGCUGAGCCGGGUCGCGUGCCGUUCAUUGUUCCUGACAAGGUGCUGUGGCCUCAGCUGUGUGAGGCCCUUGAUAUGAAGUAUAAGGCAGAGAUGCACAGCGGGCGCGGCCUCACGGAGGACAACCUGGUCUUCCUGGCCCAGAAGGCCUUCUCCAGCAGCAGCAACAACCCGGAGGACUACAGCAGCAUGACCAUGUCCUGGGCCCAGUUCAACCGGGAAAACUUACCUGGACGCAACUUCACCUUUUGGCAGUGGUUUGACGGCGUAGUGGAGCUCAUGAAGAAACAUCUCAAACCUCACUGGAAUGAUGGGGCCAUCCUGGGCUUUGUGAACAAGCAGCAGGCCCAGGACAUGCUGCUGUCCAGGCCCAACGGCACCUUCCUGCUGCGCUUCAGCGACUCAGAGAUUGGAGGCAUCACUAUUGCCUGGGUGGCCGACAACCCCAACAAACAAGGGGAGAGGUUGGUCUGGAAUCUGCUGCCCUACACAACCAAGGACUUCUCCAUCCGCUCUUUGGCUGACCGUAUCAGUGACCUGAACCAUCUCCUCUUUCUCUACCCUGACCGGCCCAAAGACGAGGUCUUCGCAAAGUACUACACCCCCCCACUCUCUAAGGCAGUGGAUGGAUAUGUGAAACCAGAGAUCAAACAAGUCGUACCAGAGUUCACCAGCCCCAACCCAGAACCCAGCGGGGGAGCCUCCACCUUCAUGGAGCAAACAGCCUCCCCGUCCGUCAGCCACCCCGGCAGCUUCAUCGUCUACCCCUCCAUCAGUGACAACAUGCUGGAUCCAGACGGGGACUUUGACCUGGAGGACACCAUGGACGUGGCCCGCCAUGUGGAGGAGCUGCUCCGCCGGCCCAUGGCCAGCCAGUGGAACAGCCAGCAGCCCUGAGCCCCCCCAACCAUUCCUGAGCCUCACCGGGGGGUCAGCUGCUGUGGCCCUCCACCGGAUGUCCACCAUUGGUCCACCAGCCCUCCACGGCUCUGCAAACUGCCCCUCAGUCCGGUUCCUUACACAGGCCUCUCUGGCUGGGGGUACUCUCUCAGGACUGCCAUUGAUCCGGUUUGGCUCUUUGGUGUUUUUCUCCAAAACACAUCCAGGUCUGUCUGAAUAGCAGCUGUUUGUUUCCGGUUGUCCUGACGAGCUACAGCGGGCAGCAGGGUUCUGCAGCUGUUGGAUUAGUUGGCAGGAGACCAGAACAUUCAGAGCUUUGUGUUUUCUGGGGAGGCCCUGUCCUCUCCAACAGAUAUUAACCUCUGUCUGCAUAACGGUACCUUUUAGCUGUGUUCCUAUCAUUUACACUUAGAUUUAUCUUCCAUACACAUCUUUGUUAAACAUGUCGGGUGGCAUGAACGAACAAACAGAGCGACCAAAGCAACUGCUGGUGGUUUCACACCUCCAUCAUGAAGAGGGAAAACUCCCACCAGGUCUUGUUUGUUCCUGUGAUGAUGGCAGAGAAGGAUCCAUUAGUCAUUCCUACAUCUGAAGGGGCCUCUGGACCCCCGUGGGCGCUUCUCCUCUGCAGUCUGAACCUCUCCCAGAAGGUUUCAGACACCACCCCCCCAGCCAACACCCCCCCCCCCCCCCCCCCUCUGACCAUGCUUAACAGUGGCUGGACAUCUUUGGACUCCACCCCCAGUGCACACCCUGGUUUGGUACCUUUGGUCUCUUACUUACUUUGUGUUCAUCUGUUAUGUUGAAUAAUGAGCAGUUUGUCAGAAAGUCACCAUCUUUAUUUCAUCUACCAGGACACCUAAAUAUUUCCAUGUCAGCAGCCCAAACCCUUCAGUGCUGCAGCUCUGUAUGAGAGGGCUUUCUGUGCCUGAAGCUGGUGGAUGAGCUCCUGAUCUGGACUUCCACUGCCUGCUCCCAGCUGUGCCCCUGGUUGUAGACAGCCUUUGUUUCCUAGGUCAGCUGUUAGGCCGAGGUUAUGGGGCCUUUAGAAUAGCUAGCUUUGUGUUGGGUCACAGCUGCACCAGCAUCCAGGCAGGAAACACUAUCUUCUGACUAUCGUGUUCCAUUUGCAUGUAAAUUGUUGAAAAGAUUACUGACUCAGGCUUUCUCAGUCAUCUGUCAGAGAGGUAGCAGUCUGAGGGACAGGAAACGGGGACUGAGUCCUUGUUGGCUAUUGGCAGGGAUUCCUGCCAGCUUUGGGAGCUCUGUGCUGCAGCCUGAGGCCUCUCAAGGCUCUCAGGACCCCUGAACUUCCUUCAUUUAACACUUGUUCUUUGUAAUUCUUUGGCUCUAAUGGCCUUCAUUGGUAAGUUGCUUGAUUGGGAGACGAGGAAAACAGAAAAGGAUCCCGAACCAGAAACUGUUAAAGGGAUCAGAGCCGGACCAGAAGCUGAGUCCAGGGAGGUGCUGGAGCUCUUUAUGGCACGCUGUGGGAACAGUCGUCUCACUUUGAAUGUGAACUAAAUCAAGGAGAUGGUUGGAGAUUUCUGGAGAAAUGUUUCCAUCAUGUGAGAAGAAGUGGAGGCGGUUGAAGAAUAGUAAUACCUCAGUGUGCAUGUAGAAAGGGUUAGGGUUAAGACUGGACUGCAGACUCGGCAGAGAACCGUCUGAAGAAGGGUCAGAGCAGACUGAGCUGAAGCUAAGAUCCUUUAGUGUCUGCAGAUGCUGCAGAUCUUCUGUCUGUUUAGAGCUCUGCAGCAGAACAGGGACCUGAAAAGGCUCCAGAACCUGAUCCAAGAGCUGGUUCUGUUCUGGGGACCACUGUGGAACCUCUGGAGAUGAUGAUGCAGAGAAGGAUUUUGCAUCAGAUCCAGAACAUCAUGGAAAACCCUGAGCAUCAUCUUCAUUAGACCACCUGGAAAACAGAGUCUUCAGAGAGAGGCUUCUUCAGAUUGGACCGAUCAGACCACCUUUCCAGCCCACUGACAUCACAAUUUAUAAUAAGUCCUUAACUAAAUGAGUUACACCAGCAUUUAAUUUCCCUCUGGGAUGAAAUAUUUUUUUAAUUGAAUUGAGAUUGAAUUUAUUUUAGGUUGGUGUUGGCAGUAGGGAAAAUAAAUCUUUUCUAAUUACCCAUUUUCAGUCGUUGCUUUCAAACACAAAAACGAUGCAAAGAACAGAAUCCAGACCCCUUUACGAGACCGCCAGACUAUAAUAAACAGCCAGGCAAGAAAAAGGGCUAAAUAAUCAAACUGAUGCAGUAAUACUGACAACAAAAUGAGUUUGAUUAGAAAAACUGUUGCAGAAAGGAAAAAAGAUAGCCUAAAAAAAGGAAUAUAUUUUCAAAAUACAGCUGGAGUUUGUUUCCAGGUUGUUGUAUGUUCUCCAAUGUUAAGGAGACCUCUUCUCCCUCUGGGCUCCCAUAAUGCA